AUGAGCCCUGGUGAAAGUGAUUUUGCAAUGCUUGAAGUGGCACGUCGAUGUGAUUUCUACGGCAUCAAAUUACAUCCGGCGAAGGAUAUAGAAGGUACGGAGGCUCGAUUAGCUGUGCUUCAUUUGGGCAUCAAGGUUUAUCAUCAGCUGCAAUGUGUGUCAACCUUCUCUUGGGCCAAAAUUCGUAAGCUCAGCUUCAAACGGAAGAAACUUCUAGUAAAACUCCAUCCGGACAGCUAUGUGAGUUCCUUUAUCAACUAUCAUAUUCAUUGUAACAAUUUUUUUUGCGUAGUUGUGCUUCUAAUGUUCACCAGAACCGGUUGCGUGUUUUUCUACAGUAAAGCCGCAUAA